AUGCCCGCGCCCAAGGCGAUACCUGUGAUAGAUCUUUUAGAUAGUGACUUAUCGUCAUCAGGAUCCCAGGAUGAGGCGGGCAGGCAAUCGGCCAAGAAACGCAAGUUGGAGCAUGACGUCGAGGAGAAGGUGCAUCUGACCGACGAUUCAGAUGGCGGCCCGGUGAAACCAAAGAAGCGCAAGCCGAAGCGCAAAGCCCUAGGAAAGCAAAAACGGGGGUCAUCAUCCCGUCGGCAGGGCGGUGUCAAGUCCGAGGGCGAUGACGAUCCGCUCGAGAUAUCGGGCAUCCCCGAUUACCUCCAGCAGCGCAGGCGGGAGUUCGAUGCCAAUAAGAAGGCGCAUCACGAGGCUGCCUUGAUGCUACCACCAGAUUAUACUGGAGUUGAUUUUGACGAGUCUGGGAGGCUCUGCGAUAUUCAAGAGCGACCUGAUUUCACUGGGGAUAGUGGUGUGAAGCCCUCCAGACCAUACAAGGACAUCGAAAUGCCCCAAUCAGCCGGCCUUAUCCCUGCCUCUAUUGCUCGGUACCUGCGCGAUUACCAAGUCACUGGAGUUGCAUUUCUCCAUAAGAAAUUUGUGUACCAGGAAGGAGGCAUACUUGGCGAUGACAUGGGCUUGGGGAAAACCGUGCAGGUCGCCGCUUUCUUAACAGCUGCUUUCGGCAAGACCGGAGACGAGCGUGACUCCAGGAGGAUGAGGCUGAUGCGGCUCUAUAAUGACCGCUGGUACCCUCGGGUUCUCAUCAUCUGCCCCGGUUCUUUAAUCAUGAACUGGAAGAACGAGUUGAACAAAUGGGGCUGGUGGCAUGUCGACCUCUUCCACGGUAGCAACAAGGAAGACGUCCUCGGUACAGCCCGCGCUGGCCUACUUGAGAUCAUGAUCACUACUUACGACACGUACAAGAACAACCGGAGCUCCAUUAAUAUGGUCCAAUGGGAUGCAGUAAUUGCCGACGAGUGUCAUAGGCUCAAAGACCGAUCUUCUGCAACGACCAAGGCAAUGCAGGAGAUCAAUGCCCUUUGCCGUAUCGGAUUGACCGGGACAGCCAUACAAAAUCGCUACGAGGAACUCUGGACUCUCCUUGAUUGGACCAAUCCUGGGCAUUUUGGGACAUCAGGAGAAUGGGCGCGAACAAUUACUAAACCGCUGACGGUUGGGCAGUCUCAUGAUGCAACAAUGGCGCAGCUUAGCUUGGCAAGACAGACAGCUCAGAAACUUGUCCAAAAUCUUCUGCCCCGUUACUUCUUGCGGCGUAUGAAGACCCUCAUCGCUCAUCAGUUGCCUAAGAAGACAGACAGGGUCGUAUUUUGUCCUCUUACUGAUCUUCAGAAAGAAGCCUACGAGAACUUUCUGCACAGUGGCGAGGUCGAUACCCUUCGUACAUUGUCUGAUACAUGUGAGCAUGGCAAGGCAAAGGGGUGGUGCUGCAGUCGCUUCUUGCCAGGCGGGACUCCGUGGCAGAACAUCGUGUUUCCCAGCAUGAUUGUUUUACAAAAGCUCGCCAACCAUCUUACAUUAAUGGUUCCAAAGACAACCGACCUUGACACAAAGCACGAAACAGAGCUAAAGACUCUUCAAAUGUGCGUCCCUGAUAUAUGGAAAGAGCUCUACAAUAAUAGAGAUCAGAUUCGAAGCCUGGUCAACCCUGAAUUUUGCGGCAAAUGGAAAGUUUUGAAAAAGCUUCUGAAGUUCUGGCAUAGUAACCAGGACAAAGUGCUUGUAUUCUCGCACAGCGUUCGCCUUCUUCGAAUCCUCCAGCACCUAUUUACUAGCACCAGCUAUACAGUCAGCUACCUAGACGGGUCGCUUAGCUACGAGGCGCGGCAGGAGACCGUAGAUAACUUCAAUUCUGAUCCCAAUCAGUUCGUGUUUCUCAUUUCGACGAAGGCAGGGGGUGUGGGUUUGAACAUCACCUCGGCGAACAAAGUGGUGAUUAUAGAUCCUCACUGGAACCCAUCAUACGAUCUUCAAGCGCAAGACAGAGCCUAUCGUAUCGGCCAAACUCGCGAUGUUGAAGUCUUCAGACUCAUUUCCUUGGGCACUGUUGAAGAAAUUGUCUACGCUCGGCAGAUCUACAAGCAGCAGCAAGCCAAUAUCGGUUAUACUGCAUCCUCAGAGCGUCGCUAUUUCAAAGGCGUACAAGAAGAUACAGAGAGAAAGGGUGAGAUUUUUGGUCUCAGCAACAUUUUCACCUUUCAUGAUGAUAAUGGCCUGCUUCGUGAGAUUGUCAACAAGACCAAUAUUGCCGAAACAAAGGCUGGUGUUCACCUCGUCGAUGUUGAUAUGGAUAAGGCAGCAGAAGAAGGCGAAGCUUUGGGCGUGAAAAAGGAAGAGAAUGAGGAAGAUGACGAAGACGGCGGGCUAAGCCAGCUGGCAGAACUUCUCAAGGUAAAAGAUCAGCAGAAAUUGCUAGCGUCGCGCAAAGCUACCUCACACAAGACAGAUGCUGUUCAGGCGAUUCUCAAAUCCGCAGGUAUUGAGUACACUCAUGAUAACUCAGAGGUUGUUGGAUCAUCGAAAAUUGAAGAGCAGCUUUCAAGGCGGGCAGCAAUGACUUCGUAUGCUGAAGGGGACCUCGAAGGACAAAGUACACUCUUUGCCGACAGUGGUGAGGAGGCGGACGGCGAGCUUCUCCAUGGCACAUACAAUCCCCCGGACGAAGUACAACUGCGGCAGUUUUGCGAGAUGGCACGCGAGUUUGGCUUCAUCAACGCGACCGAGUUUGCUUUGGUUGUGGAAGGUUGGUCACAAGAAUCAAGAAGAAACUGCCUAAACACUUUUUACCGAAAGAGAAAGGCCAAGUUGAUCAGUGAAGGGUUCGUGAGGAAGGAAGAGGAACAUCUCCAAGGUGGCACUAAGAGUAGCGAUGUUGACUCGAAACGGCACAUCGAUAGUACACCAGCAAAGGUCGAGACUCCUACCAGGGUCAAAACGGAGCAAUCCCCAGUGAAACAAGAGUCGGCUCGUUCCAAUCCGGCCAAGCAGGAAGACGUUGGUAUGAAAAAUGAGGUCGAUGACCAGGAUUUAAAUCAUGGUGGGGCAAAGAAAAGGAUGUCCAUAUUCUUAUCUGACGAUGAUGAGGAUGAUGAACUAUGA